AAUGUAAAAUGCUUCAGUGAUGUCAUCAGAUUUGACGUAAACACACAAACUCAUUACUUUGCUCAUCUGUGGGAAGGCAACCCACCAAUGGCUCCUCCUAAUCCGAGUUACAGUCAGAAUGUCCAGGACCUCAAAAGAGUCAUUCUUAAUGCAGCCAUGCUACAAGAGAAUCAAAAGAUCCCAAAGAUUUCUGAUUUUAAAUUGCGUGUCCAGGACCUCUGGACAGCUCUGCUCAGUGAAAAUUUUGUUUUCAGUUUUAGAAACUCAUUGGAGAUUUCAACAUAUCAUAGGCUGGAGGUGAAAUACUGUGAAUGGACCUGGGCACUGAGAUGCCAUGUACUAGAACUGGAGAAUAAACUUGUCAAUGAAAUAGAAAAUAAUUCUAAAACCAGAACAGAAAUUAAUAAAGAGGUUAAUCAGACAUAUAACAGAGUGAAAGAGGACAUUGAGAAGUAUUUCAAACAUGAGAGAAACCUGGAAAUACUUGUUCAAUGGAAAGCCAACAUAGAGAUAAAAUAUGAACAACUGAAGGAUCAGCUCAUUGAUGAAUUGAACAGAAAAUGUCAGAUAUUAAUACAGGCAAAGAAAAGCCGCAAGAGGGUGGAUGAGAAUAGAACCAGACGUGAGCAGAAUCUGUUGAAGCAAAGUAAAGAUUUGGCAGAAAAACUGAGAACCAAAAACCCUAGUGAAACAGUGAUGCAGGAGGAGUUUGAAAAGCUGUGGAAGGAAUGGGAGAAAGAAACUGCCAGAGACUUCACUCCUCCUCCUGAGAUUGAUAUUGCACAUGACAUAGAGGCCAUCCUUCUUAGCCAUUUUAAACGCCAUCCUUAUGUAUGUGAUAAAGUUCAAAACAGAAAAGCAAUGGAGGAGACUCUUGACACCCCUUCAAGUUAUAAUCCUCUUGAAUUAGCAACAAUGUUUAUGGUUUACAUGAAACAAAAGUGGAAUGAAUUCAAUGCAAGUAAACCAAAGCAAACUAAGACAAAAAUUUCUAAAGGUUUAAUUUUAGAAGACUACAAGCAGACAGAAAGUAUAACAAAUAAAAUCACAGAGGCAGUUAUGAAUUACAUACAUGAAAAAGAGAAGGAGAAAGUUGAUUACAGUCCAAACCAUGUGCAUGGAGUUUUAUCCAUUAUAUCCAAUGGCUUAGAAGCUUCCAGUUCACAAAUUCCAACAAUCCAAUAUAAAGAGGAGUACAGGUUUGAUUUAUCUCUUCAUUUAUGUGAAGUGGCAACCUUAAGGUUCACAAAAAUGCAUCGAGCGUUCCGUGCAGCCAAUGACCCACUUCUCUACCUAAAGAGCAUGAAGGACACUUACUACAAAAUGUUUAAGACUCUCUGUAGAGGAGCGUCAUCUGUCACUGUAUUUGUUGACUUUCUGUCAAGUAAACUUGAGGCUGCCUUACAUCAGGCUGUUUUGGAUCAAGUCUGCAUUGACAUAGCAAAUGAGAUGAGGCAGAACUGCCCGCCACUUAAAGAAAGUAAAAUCAAUUUAGAAUACCACCUGUUGAAAGACAUGGCAGAGAAGGAGGACUUUAGUAGAUUUUGGGAAUACAUUAACAUUCCAAAGUAUUUUUUUCAAAACUACAUAAAACUUGUACUUGAAGAACUGAAGUCUGUAGUUUUAACUGCCAUUUCUAAAGCAACAGCAACUGCUCUGAAUUCACAGACAACCAACAAGAACCCGAAAAGCAAAUUGUCUAAAUGGCUGGAUGUGUUCUGUGAAGAACUUGAAAAAUGCUUAAAAUUACCAAGAAACACCUUGAAACAUAUGGAGGAUGAGGAAAUCAAUGACAUGGACUUACUACAGGAGUCUCUAACAAAAGCACUAGCGCCAUCAGUAGAAAAUAUCAGUAAGAAGUUCGCUUCAGCUUCAUUGUUUGACUUGAGGAAUGCAAAACAACAGCCGGAGGACAGUCUCUUUACGCUCCUAAGUGGGUGCUGGGAGCAGUGUCCUUUCUGUGGUGCCAUCUGCACAAACUCAAUUGAAGGCCACAGUGGAGACCACAGUGUGCCUUUUCAUCGACCUGAGGGAGUGUAUGGUGGGUGGUACAAAACAGAUCAUUUUGUCAUUGAUAUUUGCACUAGUCUAGUUGCAAGUGACUGUUCCAUUGUGCUGAGUGACACACAUUUUGUUCCCUAUAAGCAAUACAGAAAAGCAGGGCCAAAGUAUGAAAGAUGGAGAAUUGUACCUGAUGAUUCAGAACGCAAAUACUGGAAGUGGUUUGUCUGCCGUUUCCAAAAGGAACUGGAGGACAAGUACCAGAGAAAGUUUGAGGGCCGGGGUAAAAUUCCUUAUCAGUGGAAGCAAAUUAAAAAAACAGAAAUUUUUGAUGAACUUUAAGCAUUUUUAUAAAUUCUGAAAUGCUAGCAGUAAUAUUACAUAACAUUUUAAUUGUGAUUAGUUGCCACAUUACUCUAACCUUCAUCAGAAUUGCUUUAACAUUUUAAGUGCAUGCAUGUUUUUUAAACUUUUACAACUCCCAUGACCAAGUGACAUAUCAGGAUGAUAAACAAUGAAAAGGCAACGAGCAUAUCCCAUCGUUAGAACAGUGCUUUAGUUUGAGGAAGUGAUAAUAAAGAGGAAAUGUACUUUUGAACUCACUGGAAUAAUAUUCUUUUCCAAAUCAGAAACAAUGCACAUUCUAAAUCCUUCCCUUCACAAGGUUGCUCAGCCCCCUACUCACCACUUACCUUUUGUAGAAAAUAUACCCCAAAUGUUCAUCUUAUUGUAUAUAACGAUGCUCUAGCUUUCAUGGUGUUUUAAUAUGUGGCUUUCAACUGCUUUGCUAUAAUCUAUUAAAAAUGAAAGAGUUGGCCCAUGGCAAUGGCAAGAAUGCUUGUAACAGGGUUGCUCAGACAUGGCAUGGCAGCUUCUGGUGUAAUUAAGAUGUGUUUAUACUGAGCAGUAACAUAUACUGCAUGGCUUUUCAGAAAUAUGUAGUGUAUUUACCUAUAAGUAUAUACGUAAAAUUAGAUGUAACUUGUAAUUAUAAACAGUUUAUAAAAGUGUUUUGCUGAUACUAGGAAAAAGGUGUAAUGCCUCACACUGUAUGGAAUGACUUUAAGCUCGAGUCUUCAGCCCUAAAACAAGACCAUUUUAUACCAUCAAGCAGAGAAGGCCCAAGGUUAAGUAAAAAAUCUUUUAUUUAGUUAAAAAGUUACCAGAUUUCUUGUUAAAGAGAGGAAGGGAGGAAUGUGUGGUUGUUUAGAAUAACUACAUCAUUUUAAAACUAACUUAUAAAAACAAUAUUUCAAUAAACUGGUGAAGAGUACUGGACACACCCUGCCGCUGACUGUUUGACUGUUACAAUUUUAUAGCAUCUAAGUGGAAUUUUUGUGAUGUUAUUACCAAUCAGCCUUUACUCCUUUUCUAAAUGAAAUGACUGGACAAAUAAAAAUAAAUAAAUAAUAAAAUAAUAAA